AUGCCUUCCCUCGUUGAUUCCAUCACAAACCUCGUCUCCUCCAUCUUCAACACUAUCAUCGCAACCUUCAGCUCCAUCAUCGCCUUCCUCCAAUCAAUCCUCAGCACGAUCCUCGGCCUCAUCAAUGCAUUUUUCGCUGCAAUCGAUUCUGCUCUCGCGGGCAUUGCGCAGACGUUUGAGGGAUUGGUGAAGUUUCUCUUGAGCAAUAUAGUUAUUAUCGCCGCUCUCGGUGCUACCUUCGUCGCAUACACCGUCUAUCAACGCAGUCAAGGAAGACCUGUUACUGCGGCACCCGGUAGCGCCAAGAAGACUUCUUGA